GUAUUCAAAUCAGAGGGUGUGACUCUCCUACAGCAGCAGCACAUCAGCUCCACUUCUCUUAUCUAGAGAUGGAUUUUAAUCGUCCAAAAAUCGCGCCCUGGGUCUACGGACUCCCUCUAAUGAGGCGCAAGAAUGCUGAGCAUUGGUCCCAGUGGUAUCUCCACACGCCCUGUCCACCACCAGCAAAACCUGCUGCCAAAAACACUGGCAGCAGGUUUCACCCAAUCAGAGGGCUGGAGCCAGAAUGGGGCGGAGCCUUCAGGAACUCCUCCUUUACAGAAGAGUUCACCUCAAGGCCGCUCCAUCUCCAGCCAACUCCUCCACCUGUGCCUCCGCCUGUUGCUACCCAACCAGUGGUGGUGAAUAAACCAACGGCCAACAAUUCACCAGGUAGCAGGAUACCAGUUCUGGACAGGCGGAGGAAGCUGAGGCCACUCCAAGCUGUGGUGCCGCCCGUUAGCAACAUGGCUGCCCACAGCGUAAAGGAGGAAACAGCGCAGGUGGAGAGAAAACGCAGGAGGAAGCCCAGUAACAUCAGGGCAGCUCCUCAGGCCGUGGGGAAAGGUCAGGGAGUGGAGCAGCCACUGGUGCUUCCAUCCCUGACCAGCGAGGAUCCCCUCAACCGGCCUGAGGACGCUCUCGGCCAGGCACUAGAUCUGCUGCAGGAUGAGGAAUGGGAAAGAAAGACCGAGGGACUGCGGCUCGUGCGAGCUCUGGCUGAACAUCACUCUGAGGUGUUGCUGCCAGAGCUCCACUACAUCAGCAGAGCCGUCAUCGCGGAGGUGAAAAACCUCCGCUCCAUAGUCUCUCGGGACGCCAUCACCACCAUGGCGCACCUAUUCGCUCACCUGCAGCGACACAUGGACAGUGAGGUAGGGGACGCUGCUCGCACCCUCCUUCACAAGGCUGGAGAGACCAGUCUUUUUAUAAGGCAGGGUGUAGAGCUCGCCCUCAGCACCAUGGUGCUCCACUGUUCGCCUGGCCGAGUCCUGCAAGGCCUGCUGGAUGGUGGACUACGCCACAGAAACCCGGUCUCGAGGGCCGCCGCCGCUCUGAGCCUGGUGAGGCUCCUGCAGGCGGUGGGGGUUUCUCGUGUGCUGACCGGCAGGAAGGCGUUCGCCAGAGAAAUCAUUCCUGCCGUCAGCACACUGGCUUUCGAUUCAGCCCAGGAAGUGAGGACCCACGCCCGAGCUGCACUGCGCUACUUGGGCUCUCACAAAGAGGCUGAAAGGGCUAUUGAGAAAUUUGUAAAUAUUAAGGACCAAUCAGAGAUUAAGAAAUUACUGUAUAAAUAAUCAAUUAAUUAGUUCAUAAUUUAAUCAUUUAAUCAGUUCAUUAUUUUUUAUUUAUUGUCUGUAGUUGGGAUGUUAUUCAGUGUUCAGCUGUUCAGACUGGGUUUGGGGUGGAACGCUCUGUUCUAGAGAAGUUUAUAGACUCAGAGCUGUUCACAGUGGUGGAGAACAGGAACUACAUCUGAAGAGGUGGAUGAAGCAGAGACUCCACCUUCCUCUUGCCAGAGGCUCUUUAUUAGAGGUGGGGUCUCUGCUGGGGGGGAAACGCACCGGCCCUGUGGCAUCAGGGCUUCCCAGUCAACCAGCUGGGAAUGUCCCGCCCCCAAACAAGCCCGGGAAAGCUUGUGAUUGGUUCGCCCAGGGCCGGCCGGCGUCCCCCAGCCGCUCUCUUACAGGCAGUUCCACCCUUCAGACGUACGGGUCCCGUCUCCAUCACUGUGAGCAGCUCUGACUCUGUCGGCUUCUCUGGAACAAAACAUUUCACACCAAACCCACUCUGAACACCUGAACACCCAAUAACAUCCCAACCAGAACCUUACAAAAUAAAAACCAUUAACAAACAUA